AGAAGAAGGGGGUGUGUAGCUAGGUUGCUAGCUGCCGCUAACUGCGAGCUGAAAGUUGAGCGUACUACUUUCACUUUCUGACGGCCGGGAGUACCCUCGCGGGGAUGACUAGGGCUUCCUGGAAAACGAAACCAGGCGCCGCCAUUGUUGUUCCUGACUCUCGUUAGAUCGUAGAUGUAGGUUAAAACUCUCUUUGGCGCCGUUAUUGACAACGCCGGUGACGUUAAACACGCAGGUCGCGUUAUUUCGCCAUCUAGCUGGCUAGCUAGCGAGCUUCAGCGCUAGCGCCCGCUAGCAUGAACGGCGGCGGAAGCAUGCAAAGUAAUGAUGAAAGGGGAGCGGAGAAACAAAUGGAUGACUACCUGAAGGGAUUGGAUUUGCAUCGGAAGAAGAUUGCCAAAGACGGCUCGUGCUUGUUUCGGGCUGUCGCCGAGCAGGUGCUGCACUGCCAGAGCCUUCACACUAGAGUCCGGGCCGAGUGUGUGGCGUUCCUGAAGGAGAACAGAGAGAGCUACGAGGCGUUUAUUGAAGGAGACUUCGAGGAAUACCUCGUCAAGCUCCAGGACCCGCAGCAAUGGGUGGGAGAGGUGGAGAUCAACGCGCUGGCCGUCAUGUACAGGAGGGAUUUCCUGAUCUUCCAGGAGCCCGGCAAACCAGCCGUCAACAUCACAGACAACAACUUCAAGGACAAGGUGCGGUUGUGUUUUCUGAACGGGAAUCACUACGACAGCGUUUACUCCAUCAGCCACGUGAAGGACGCCGCUCUCUGCCAGUCCAUCUUGUACGAGCUGCUGUACGACGACGUCUUCCGGGUGGAGCGCGGCGCUCUGAGCAUGUGCCAGCGGGUCGCCCGGGCCAACGAUCUCCUGAGCGACGACGGCAUGAACGCCUGCAACAGCAGCGACGAGUCCGACGUGGACCCCGCCGAGCCGCUCUGGGAGGACGUCGUGCCGAGCGCGGCGACUUCAAGACACACAAGUUACCGGGGCCGUGGCGGCCGUGGUCGUCUGUCCGAUCGUGUGAGACGUUCACUGAACCCGACUCUGUUCAGGAACAUAGAGUACGACGUCUGGCACAAGACCAAGAGAGCCCAACAGAAGAGGGACUACUUCAUCGCUGCUGGGAUGCAGUUCACCGUAGGAAACCGCUGCCAGGUGUGUGACACGUUCAGUGUCCUCAGGAAGUCCGUGAGCACGAUAGAAUCUGCGUUCGGUGUGACGGAGGCGGAGCGUUUGGCCAAAGAGGAGGAGGAGAGGAACGUGGCGCUGGUGGAGAUCCAGCUGAGGGAUGAACACAGCUUCCCCGCCCUCGGGAUGCAGAGUGACGGAGGGAAGAGGAAGGGAUCAGACAAGAGGAAACUCCAGAGAAACAAGACCCUCCCUCUAGUUUCUUUGCCAGAUCCUGGAGCUACUCAGACUGCAUCGCAGACCUUCCAGAGCCAGGCCUCGCUGUCGCAGAUUCAACCUCACAGGUCUCUGCCCCCAAACCAGAGCCCCGUCUCGGUUUCCCAGACCCAGCCUUCUCUGCUGCAAAAGACCCAGAACCUGACGCCCCAGAGGCAGAACGAGGCCCACUCCUGUUAUCAACAGCUCCAGCCUCAGUCCCACUCUGAAGUGGCCUCUCUGCCACAGACCCAGACGUCUGUUGUCCCGCCCUCCUUCCCUCAGUGCUCUAUCUCCCACCUCCACUCCCAGUACCCCUCACAGGCCCAGUCCCAGUACCCUACACAGGCCCAGUCCCAAUACCCUUCACAGGCCCAGUCCCAAUACCCUUCACAGGCCCAGUCCCAAUACUCUUCACAGUCCCAGUACCCUUCACAGUCCCAGUACCCCUCACAGACCCAGUCCGUGGUGGCCCAGGCCCAGUCCUCUCACUCCACUCCAGCAGCUUCGUACCCCCUCCCCUCCCAGACCUCAGUUCCUGUCCCGGCCUCUCUGCAGCCUCCUGUCACCCAUCCUCACCUCCACGUCCGGACGCCUCCUCACCCCUCCCAAGUCCCACAUCCCUCCCUCUCUCUCUCCACCUCCCAUCCCUCUCCCCGUACCCACUCCUCCAUCACUCAGAACCAAACGGAGGCCCCUCAGCCUCACCCCGAGUCUCCGGCUCACCCUCCUCCGCCCCCCGCUCACCACCCUCAGCUGCAGGCUGCUCCGCCCCAUCACCACCCGUCCAUCCCCGGAGCGGUCCCUCUGCAGCAGCUGUCCCAGCUCUACCAGGACCCCCUGUACCCCGGGUUCCCCCAGGGGGAGAAGGGCGAAGUCGCUCCGACUCCGACCUUCUCCUCCAGCAAAUCGGGGCAGGACCUGCCGCCAGAUCUCAACAUCUUGAAGUUUUUCUUCAACUUGGGUGUCAAGGCGUACUCCAUGCCCAUGUACCCCCCCUACAUGUACCUGCUCCCCCUGCAGCAGGCCCACACCUUACACCCCAAGCUCCCCUCCCGCUCCCCGUCCCCUCCCCCCCAGUACCCUCCCUCCAGGCACCAGGACGAGUACACCCCGUACCCUCCGACGUCCGCGUCAAUGCCUCCCCAGUACGACCACCAGGCCCUGCCCGCUGAGCCCCUGCAUCCCGGUGACCCCUCCUUUAAUCAGGCCGGGUACCCUGUCAAUCAGCCCCCAUCUCACAGGGUCUCCUGGCAACAGCACCAGAUGGCCCCUCCCAGAAACCCCAACUACUCGGUCGGAUACCAUAGCCAAAGUCCAUCGUAUCUGGCUUCCCCACCCUUGUCUCAGGGCUACCACCCUGGUCAGGCCCAGGGGCACCUGUACCCGCUGUACCCACCCUCCUCAAUGGGAUACCAGUCUUCGCCGAACCAUGAGGAGCUCCAGGGGGGCCAGGGGGCGCUGGAGCAGCGUCAGCCCACCAACGGGGACGCCAUGCCGGGCCGAGGCGCCGGUCUGGAGAGUCCUGCUGCUGCUGCUAACGUGGAUAAUGCUACCAACAACCGAACCGGGAUGGGACCUGGUUUCGCCCUCAAGAACGAACUGGGAGACAGUUCUACCAAAAUGGUGCUGCUGGUGGACCCCCCACUCAACAACACACCCAUUAUGAAGCUGGUUUCAAACACCGACGUCACGAAUGUUCCCAUGGCAACCAUGAAGCCCGGCAGCUGCCCCGCCUCGCCGACGCCGUACGACAUCGUCUCCAAGACGGCCGUCCACGGUGGCGACAGCAGCCCCGGCCGCGGUUACCGGGGCCAUCGAAAACAACCCAAUCACGCCGGCGCGUACGUCUCGCUGGCGCCGUCGGACGGUUACCUGGCGACCGUUGCCAUGGCGGACUCCCUGUCCGUGGGCUGCAGCACGGAGGACGACUGGGAGGAGUCGCCGGGGUUCAGACCGCCGACCUUUAACCCCAGAGGGCAAAGGAAGGGCUACAGAGGCGGGAGAGGGAGGGGGGGCCAUGAUUCAGGGAGGGGAGCCCACAGACGGAGGCAAGGAGGUGAGGCGGGGGCGGGGCUAAACUACGUGCAGUUUAACUCCUCCCACAGGGGGAGGGGCCGGGAGAGAGGAUACUAGCUCCCAGCCAAUAAGAUUAGAGGACACUGGAAGAGGAUUUGUUUUUGUUUUUUUUCUCCUUGCUGGGAGUUAGAUGAGAAUAUUUGAAUCAAUCGUAUGUCUGGAUGCUAAAUAUGAAGCUACAGCUAGCAGCGACUUAGCUUAGCA